CGGAGCCCGCAGCCGGGAGCCCGACCGCCCCCGCCGCCGAGGUUCCUGCCUGAAUCCCAGCUUGGGGGCGCACCGCUGCCUGCAGCCACCUCCGACCCAGCGCCCCAUCACCAUGCACUCCUUGGACGAGCCGCUCGACCUGAAGCUGAGCAUCACCAAGCUCCGGGCGGCAAGAGAAAAGCGGGAGAGGACGCUGAGUGUGGUCCGGCACCGAGCUCUGCACAGGGAGCUCGGCUUGGUGGAUGACAGCCCCACCCCGGGCUCUCCGGGCUCCCCGCCCUCAGGCUUCCUGCUGAACCCCAAGUUCCCCGAGAAGGUAGAAGGACGUUUUUCGGCGGCCCCUCUGGUGGACCUCAGCUUGUCACCGCCGUCCGGGCUGGACUCUCCCAAUGGCAGCAGCUCGCUGUCCCCUGAGCGCCAGGGCAACGGAGACCUGCCUGCAGUGCCUGCUGCCCCGGACUUCCAGCCUCUGCGUUAUCUGGAUGGCAUCCCCAGUUCCUUCCAGUUCUUCCUGCCUCUGGGCUCCGGGGGGGCCCUGCAUCUGCCUGCUUCCUCCUUCCUUACCGCCCCCAAGGACAAGUGCCUCUCACCAGAGCUCCCCCUGCCCAAACAGCUGGUGUGUCGCUGGGCCAAGUGUAACCAGCUCUUCGAGCUCCUCCAAGACCUGGUGGAUCAUGUCAACGACCACCACGUCAAGCCCGAGAAGGACGCGGGGUACUGCUGCCACUGGGAGGGCUGUGCCCGCCACGGACGAGGCUUCAAUGCUAGGUACAAGAUGCUCAUCCACAUCCGCACACACACCAACGAGAAGCCGCACCGCUGCCCGACCUGCAGCAAGAGCUUCUCCCGCCUGGAGAAUCUGAAGAUCCACAACCGCUCGCACACAGGUGAGAAGCCCUACGUCUGCCCCUACGAGGGCUGCAACAAGCGCUACUCCAACUCCAGCGACCGCUUCAAGCACACGCGCACCCACUAUGUGGACAAGCCCUACUACUGCAAGAUGCCCGGCUGCCACAAGCGCUACACGGACCCCAGCUCGCUGCGCAAGCACAUCAAGGCCCACGGCCACUUCGUGUCUCCUGAGCAGCAAGAGCUCCUGCAACUGCGCCCGCCCCCCAAGCCACCACUGCCCACCCCUGACGGCAGCCCCUACGUCAGCGGAGCCCAGAUCAUCAUCCCCAACCCUGCUGCCCUCUUCGGAGGCCCCAGCCUGCCCGGCCUGCCCCUGCCCCUGGCCCCCGGCCCCCUUGACCUCAGUGCCCUAGCCUGUGGCAAUGGCGGGGGUGGUGGGGGGCCGGGCGGCAUGGGCCCUGGGCUGCCAGGCCCUGUCUUGCCCCUCAAUCUGGCUAAGAACCCGCUGCUGCCCUCACCCUUUGGGGCUGGUGGACUGGGCCUGCCUGUGGUCUCCCUCCUCGCUGGCUCCGCUGGCGGCAAGGCUGAGGGGGAGAAGGGGCGUGGGGCAGUGCCAGCCAGGUCUCUGGGCAUGGAGGGCCGCAAGACGCCCCUGGAGAGGACUGAGAGCAGCCGCUCCCGGCCAAGCCCUGACGGACUCCCCCUGCUGCCAGGCACUGCGCUGGACCUGUCCACAGGCGUCGGCUCGGCAGCCAGCAGCCCGGAGGCACUCGCCCCUGGUUGGGUGGUCAUUCCGCCGGGCUCUGUGCUGCUCAAGCCAGCCGUGGUGAACUGAACCUGCCUGCUGGACGGCUACCCGCAGCCCGGCUAGCAGCUCCCAACCCUGCCCCCGACGAACGGAAACUUUUCUGCGAAAUAGCAAUAAUGUCCUCCUGCCCCCGGGGCCUGGUUGGCUGGGUCCCCCAGGCAGACCCAGCCCCAGACAAGCUAGGCAGCAAGGAUGGUGCUAGAAGGUCAUUGGUGGUGUCCCAGGCUCCGGAACAGGGGCUGGUGCUGCCAGCCAGGGUGAGCCGUGCUCCUGGGUGCUAAGGCCUCACUCGCCUCCUGCCCUG